UUGGAUUAGUCUUUUGAAGACACCAGUUGAUGUAUUGAUGAACUCCCAGCCUGAUGCAGAGACAACCAACCAUCUGUCCACCAUGCUGGGCAGUCAAGAUAGUGACGAAGAAACCAAUCAAGAAGAGCCCUCAAUCACAAACUGGAACGAGCUGUCCAUUAUAGAACGUGUAGGCCUCAACAGUGUGGAGAUGUCAGAAAAAGAUCUGGAGACGGCCUUCUGUCAGAUCGCCCUGGCCUUCCGCUGUGAUCAGUACACCCUGAAGCAGAGGCUGCAGGCGGAGGAGCACGCCCGCAACCUGGCUGAGGAGAACAUCCAGCUGGAGCUGACCAGAGGCAGAGAAACCCUGGAGACGCUGAAAGGCCUGUGUCUGGACAGUAAGCGCAGUAUGAUCCUGCAGAGGCUGCAGCUGUCUCUGGACAUCCUCAGUGGGACUGUGGAACGAAUCUCCAACACGGCAGAGGUGCUCGGCGCUGUGCACCAGGAGGCUAGAGUAAGUCAUGAAGUCGAACUGAUGGUUGCUCAUGUGGAGAAUCUGAGGAGACAACAUGAGAGAAACCUGGCAGAGCUGGAGGAGGCCAAGAAGACGAUCCAGCAGCAGAACUCCUGCAAAAACAGCAUCGACCAAAGAGCAUCGCCAGAACCAGAGGAAAGUGACACCAGAAAGAAAAUCUCUCAUCAGAGCAUUCGUCGCAGAGUCAGCAUAACACUCAUUCCCAGCCAAAUCCAGGAGAAGAUAAAGCAAGACUUGAAGAACCAAGCUACUCCUAGAAGGUCCUUUAGCAAGGAGUCCUUCCUCACCUGCCCGUCUCCCCCCCUGAGACCAGAGUCCAGCUACUCAGUGGAUGACAGGCCACUGGAUCCAGAUGAAACUCCGACAGAAGCUCCAGCUGCUGAGCUUCCUUCACCUCCCACCCCCAAAUCAGAGGACCUCCCAUCGAAACAACUGGCCACCAGAAAGACACACAACAAAAAAUCCCCUCUGGAGACUUUGCGACAGAGACACAAGGGCAAAGCUGCGUUGUCAAAGAAAAAGGCAGACAAGGAUAAAAAAAUUACAAAUAUUUACCAACAGCUUUCUGCAAGCCCGUGUGGCUCCUUGAGGAGACAUCAUCCGCUGGCUCACUGGUUGUAUCGCUGUCGCUGGGCGCUGUUCUGCACGUACCUGUUUGUGCUUUUCUGUGUCCUAACAUUGGCUUACUGUUUGUGGAAGCUUCACGAUGGACCACCUGAGCCGUGGGUAUUCAGUCAUCAGGACGCAGUCUAAAUUCUGUGGCUGUGUUGCAAACAUGAAGCAUGCAGACAGCGGAAACACCUGUAUCAGUCUUUGGAUAUGAAUAUAAAAACAUUGGAUGACA